AUGGCCAACAUGCAGUCCAUUUGUUCCUGUGCUAUCCUUCUCGUAGUUAUUGCCUUCCAUGAAAGUCCAUUUACUGAGGGAAGGCACUUAAAAUCAAUGAAGAAACUGCAGUCCAUUGGAUAUGAAAAAGAAAUGGGAAAGCAUGGCAACAACCACCCUUCAGCUUCAAUGAUCCCUAGUGUUGAUCAUUUUGCUGAAAUAAAAAACGAAAACUUCCCGCCAAUGCCAGCUGCUCAAACUCUUGGAAUUGAUGAUUUUCGACCAACAGCACCAGGCAACAGCCCUGGUGUUGGCCAUUCUUUCUCAGAGAAUGAUAUUAAACCAGAAGAAGUAGGUGUUGGUGUUGGUUCUGGUGUCAGCCAUUCUGUUGCAGGAAAAACAGAUGAUUUCCGACCCACUGAUCCUGGUCACAGCCCCGGUGUUGGCCAUUCUUUUAAAACCAAAAUUGCAGAGCCAAAUGCAUAG